AUGGUCGUAACCGCCUUGAAAGGCGACUUCGGCCAGCCACGCAACCAGCGGAGAUCAAGCGGCAUGACCAGCAACACCGACGAGCAGGCCCUGGCCGCCAUUCAGCAGGCCAAGCGCACCGUGCGGGUGGCCAGGACAAAGCAGCAUACCAUCCGCAUGUCGCGGAAGUACUACGGCGAUGAAGUCCUGGAUGGCGGGGCCACACGGACUUUGGGUAUGGUGGCAGCCAAUGAAGCGGCGAUGGCCCGCAACCGGCAGAAGAAAGGUGAAGAUGGCAUUGCCAGUGUGGACACCACGGCGCACACCCUGGGCAAGAGCGGAGGGCCAAUCCUCCUCAGUGUGGCCACCUUGCGGUUUGUCGGGGCCCUGCUCGACUUCGAGAAUGAGGUAGAUCAGUUCGUUGUCGAACGCUUGAAGACAUUACUGAUCCCAUUUCUGAGCAGACUGUACAUACCAUGCAGCAGCGUGACUUCUCGAGUCGUAGCCUGCAAUCGUGUAACAAUCGUUGCGACUUCGUGGUGCAACAUGGAUCGCCUCAACAAGGCUCAGCUGAAGGGCAAGCUGCAGGAGUUCAGGGAAACUCCUCCCAGCAGCUGGACAUGUCCGGAGCUGCGCCAACGACCUCGCGAGCUCAAUGGAGUAUACACCAGCCAGCAGAAGGAACUUCAUAUGCUACAUGUCAUGUUGUCCGGAAACGAAACAGUGGCCCACCUCGAGACCAAGGCCCUGAACCACUUGCACGAGACCGUCGAGAGCCACAGCCAAGAUGUGAAGAUGUGGUGGGGGUUGGACGUCAUCGGCGCGAAUCAACCGCUCCACAAAGUCGAGGAGACAGGGCUGGACAAUGCGCAGUUGGAAAGCGGCGAGUCGGCGAGUGCGAGUGGCGACAAGGCUACAAGUUCCACCAGCGAGAUGGCCGACAUCAUGAAGAAGCUUGUGGGUGUGGUGCAGCUCCACACCGAGGUCAAGGAGUUGAAGAGCGAGGGGAGUCGACGACCUCGCAAGCCGUUCGAAGGUCACAAGGAGCACGAGAAGGCUUUGCUCAAGCAGAGGCAUGGUGGACGAUGGUAUCAGACAACCAUUGGGAUGAAACAGCAGCAGGUUCGCCGAGGAAGCGCCGCAGUCGCCAUCGAGAUUGAGAUGCCUGUCAGCAACCGUGAUUGGCAAGCACCUUACGCGGACAUGACUGGAUACUCCAUUGGUGCACUCAAACGUGGAGCGAUGGAGGUAAGCGAGCACCGGCUAUCAACAGAAGACAAAGACAAAUAUCGAAAUGCGAAAUCUGUAGAAGUUAUACCUGCCAAGGCGUUUGAGGCCAUUGGCGCCGAAUGGACAACUCCGAGGACGAGAAGUUCGCCUCGCUAUGUUGAAGGUCUUCAAGAGGUUCCCAUCAACUCCAACCACCGCAAGGACCAUCAAAUGGUCAUCCACUCAGCCACUGGGAUUUUACGCCUGGAUCAGACGCGCUGUGAUGGUGGCAGUACUCAAGGGAUUCUGGUGCGAACAGGCUGCGUCAUUACAGACUCCCGCAAUGUGUAUGACAAGCUGCAGUCCGAAGUCCUGGUCAUCAAGGGAGCAGAAAAACGCUCCAAUAUGGAACUGUUGAGUUCGAAGGAAGCUUCACGAAACACCAGCCGGGUGGUGCGUCGGACCAUGUCGUGA